CCUUCCGGAGGACUCAACCCUGAUAGGAAUCUAGGGCCUGAGGGAAGGGGCGGGCUUUUUCCCUUCACGGGUUAAGGAAAGGUUGGAUGGCCUUUAGGGGUCCCUUCCAAAUCAGCGACUCAAUACUAAUAAUGAGGAGAAAUAAAUGCUGACAUUAACCUGCGACGUGGGGUCCACGUUUAAUCAUGAGCUCCCCAAACCCUCCUCCUUCCACUCCUUUCUAUUGACCUAAUAAUAAUAAUAAUAAUAAUAAUAAUAAUAAUAAUAAUAAUAAUAAUAAUUUCCUUCUCCUCAGGGGCCUUAACAAGCCUCCCAAUCUCCCGCAGCUCCUCCUCCUCCUCCUCACGCCACUCCUGUGGUAAUUGAACGCAGCCGUCUCCAUUUCCUCUCUUAAAGCAGCCUCACUCCGAAUCAAGGCUGCCCCCCUCCGUGUGCACGCGCCUUGCUGCCCUUUGCUUCGGACCCGGGCCUCUCUCUCUCUCUCUCUCUCUCUCUCAGUUCGUGUUCGAAUUCGUUGGGAAGGAAUGUCCCAAGCUUCAGCUACAAUCUUCGGACUUACUUUUGAGUAGGUGCAUAUAGGCUCAUUCAGUGCUGCAACUUCCAGCUCAUCAAGUUAAAGAACACAGUCUUGGCAAAAUGUUCUACACGCAGCUGCUUAUGAAUAACCGUGGGCCUUUGGCCAAGAUAUGGUUGGCUGCUCACUGGGAUAAGAAACUCAAAAAAUCUCAUAUAUUUGAAUGCAAUUUAGAGAAGACUAUUGAAAAUAUUCUCUGCCCAAAGUUUAAACUUGCCCUGCGAACCUCAGGACACCUCUUGUUAGGAGUGGUGCGGAUCUACCACAGGAAAACCAAGUACCUCUUGUCCGACUGCAACGAAGCUCUACUUAAAAUGCAGUCAGCCUUUCGUCCAGGACUUGUUGAUCUCCCAGAAGGGAACUCAGAAUUGAAUUAUGAUGCCAUCACGUUGCCUGAAGUAUUUGAUGAUUUUGACACACAACUCCCUGAGGUGAAUGCCAUUGAUGUUGCUGAACAUUUUACACUGAACCAGAGCAGAGCUGAGGACAUCACAUUGCUGGAAGAGGAUUAUAGACGGGAUCUACUUCUCCAUGGUGGUAGUUUUGGCGAAGAAAUUGAAAUGCCGAGGCAGCAAAGCUUUCUCAAUGACAGCAUUUUGGCUAGUUCUGGUGGCCUCUUGACUGAUCACAGUUUUUUGAGCUUCACUGAAGACAAAACUGCAUUUGCUGAAGAUGCCAAUUCAUUCAAGUAUGAUGGGUUUGGAGAUGAAGAAACUGCAGGCGAUAUGAUUGAUGCUGUUCUUGGAGCUGAGCCGAAUGACCACGUUCUUACAGACCUCGACAUGGAGGAAGAAUUUUCUUUACUCCAAGAGCUUCCGACUGAUGAUACAGCAGGCCAUCCUAGACCUGAGCAGGAAGCAAGAAGCAGCCCAAUUAAUGAAACCACCUUGUUGCUCAGUGAGGAAGAAGAAUUUGUACUUGAACCACUUGACAAUUCAGUUCUCACAAGGAAACAAAGAAGGAAAAAGAAAAGAAAGUUACUUGUUGAUUAUGUGAAUCAGCUAAGCAGAAAAGCUAUGCAAAACCAGCUUAUGAACUAUGAAGACACAUUAACUGCAUUAGAUAUUGCACCCCCUACAAGAAGGCUGAUGAUUUUACAGGACUUGGGGAGUGCGGAUAAACUUCUGGGCAGACCUACCCAGACUACAAUUAAUGAAGAUUUGCAAAAGCUCUUUGCUAAAAGUCUCAGGUAUGGAAGAAAAAGGUUGCAAGAGCUUGCAGUUGAAAGAAGCAAAGAACAAGAUGUCCAAGAAUUGCCAACAGCAGAGAUUCCAAAAGCUAUGCAAGACACAACUUAUCAGUUUGUGUCACAAAGUAGCAGAGAAGAAAUGGGAAAUAAAGAAAUUAUUGAAGCUAUGGAAAGUGUUGGUGGAGUGUCUGCUGCGUCUGAUGGCUCUACCCAAGAGACUUCUGUAAGACUAGAGGUUGAGGGUAAGCAGGCUGCAGUGGAAAAGGGAAAUGAAGGCAAUGCUCCAGAUAAUGAAGAAGAAAAAGAAAAGGAUAAAAGAGCUGUAGAUUUGCUAAAUACUUUCCGGGACAUGUACCAGACAGGAGCAAAGUCUUUCAGUUUUCUGACCCUCUGUAAAAACAAGACAAAGAAAGAAGUUGCAGAGAAAUUCUUUAGCUUGCUUGUUCUAAAGAAAGAACGAGCUAUUGAGGUGGCCCAGGCUGCUCCCUAUGCUGACAUUGUGGUGACGGUGGGUCCAAACUUCCAUACUCUCUGAAGAGUAGAGUGGUCUCCUUUUAACCAUUAGUUGCUAUGGUUGAAAACUGUACUCUGCAUUCUAUGAAAGUUGUAAAGAGACACCUUACAGCAUACCUAGAUCUUUGGAUUGGACAGUGUCCUCCACUGCAUAGAUGUGCACAUGCACUUAAGAACAAGAGCUAAUAGACUAUGUGCAGAAAUAUUAUAUUGUUAAAAAG